UAAAACGUACCGCCAGCGUAUCAAGCGUUUGCAAAGGUAGCAAUUCGUAUAAUUUCGGGUUCCAACAUCGGUAAUGGCUACGACGACGCGAAAAUUGUCCUUAUAGACACAAUAUACAUAGACAAAAACAAACUUGUCCAUCCGAAACAGAAUCUACCAGAAAUAUCUAUAAAUACCUGUAAGAUGGCUCCACCUGUAUUCCCACUGUCCAUAUUAUUGACUACACUUCCCAUGAUUCUCUGCUACCCAAGCUCGUUCAUGGACCUGAAGGACAAUGCCCGUAACAAGUCCUCGAUCCGGUUCUUGGCGGUUGGAGACUGGGGCGGGUUGCCUUUCCCCCCGUACAUCACCCCGAUCGAGAAGGCUACAGCACGGGAGAUGGGGAAGGUUGCCCAGCAGCUGGGGGCUGACUUCGUGCUGGCUCUGGGAGACAACUUCUACUACAAGGGGGUGGACAGUGUCCAUGACCCCAGGUUCCAGGACACCUUUGAGAACAUCUUUACCGCAGACUCCCUGAACAUCCCUUGGUACGUUGUUGCUGGCAACCACGACCACGCGGGAAACGUGAAGGCUCAGAUUGAGUACAGCAAGCUGUCUGAGAGAUGGCACUUCCCGAACUACUACUACGAGCUGAACGUGCGCAUCCCGCGCAGCGACAGCAUCCUGACCAUCCUGAUGGUGGACACGGUGCUGCUGUGCGGGAACUCGGAUGACUUCGAGGACCAGAAGCCCCGGGGGCCGGCGGACAGCGUGGAGGCCAAUCGGCAGCUGCAGUGGAUCCAGAAGAGGCUGGAGAGAUCCAAGGCCGACUUCCUGCUGGUGGCAGGGCACUACCCCGUGUGGUCUGUGUCCGAGCACGGCCCCACCAAAUGCCUGCUCAGGCAACUGCGCCCCCUGCUGGUCAAACACAAGGCCACGGCUUACCUCUGUGGUCACGACCACAACCUCCAGUACCUGCUGGAGUCCGGGGUGGGCUACGUGGUCAGCGGGGCGGGAAACUUCAUGGAGGCAGACAUGAGUCACCGGCGGCACGUGCCCCACGGCUCGCUCAAGUUCUUCACCGGGGAGACGUCCACCAUGGGCGGCUUCGUGCACGCCGAGGUCACCAAGAAGAGCAUGGACCUCACCUUCUUCCAGGCCCGGGGAACCUCACUGUACCGCACCAGCCUGCCCCGCCGGAACAUCGACACGCCAGACAACGAGGUUUAAUGGGACAGACACACACACACACACAUGCAGACAUGCACACACACGCACGCAUGUAUACAUGCAUACACACACACACACAUACACCCAUACACACACACGCAUGCAGGCAUGCAAACACACACACACACAUGAAUGCAAACACACAAACACAUGCAGGCAUGCAAACACACACAAAUACAAUCACAUUCCCUGAGUGAGGAGUGACAUGCACAAAGACAGGCAGCAGAAUACAUGCUCUGAGACACUAGUAAUAGCACACAAACCUCAUUUGAAAUCAAAUGCAAUGCAUAGAGUGAAUCACAUUUAUAAAGCUACACACCUGCUUGAACAAGAUGCUGCAUCAGUACAUCCCAAACUUUGAAACACGGUAUUUUCAGUGAUUAAAUGUAAUUUUCUAAAUUCAGUUUUAACUUCAUAUGUGGGCUAACAAAUUACAUUUAACAAUGAAUUCAUUAUUAGUGUAAUCAUUUUGUUUUAGUCUCCUUGCCAGAUAGCUUUAAAUUUGUGUUAGUUUUAAAAUUUGUGCACUAAAAUAGUGUCUGUCAUUUCACCACAGAUUGGAUAUAGCAAUACAAAUACUAUCAUCUGAUUAGAGUGCAAGUUAAAAUACCUAGGAUUGAUUUAAAAAGAUAACUGGUUAUAGAUGUCAACACAUAUGAAUAAAAUAAUCUUACCAUUCUCGUGUGAUUGGACCCACUCAACAUAUGAUUUUAUUUUACA